UGAGUAUAGGAUCUACUAUAGUGCCGGGUAGCCAUGCAAAUACACUUGUGCUUCCUGAUAGGCGGAGGACAUCUGAAGAGGUAAGAUGAACAGUUUACCUCUGUGCUGUAUUUUAACAGCUCAAAAUGGUGAUUUUUACUUUAAUGAUAUGUUCACGGAUCAAAAAUGUAAUUUAUUAUAAUCAAAUCAUCGUCCUCUAAUUUAUAUUUUUCGAAUUGAAAUUAUUAAAAUCACCUGCCUUCAUACAGUUUCUAAAAUCUUCUUUGCCACUAUAUAUAGAACGUGUUUCAAAUAUACAACGUUUUCCUCGUUAUGUACUAUCAAUAUAGGAACAGUGGGUCAUGAUUAUAGGUCCUUUAUGUACAUCACUUAUAUUGCUGCUGUUGUAAUGCUAGCAUUAGCAUACAUGAGGAUCCUAGACUCGUUAGCUUCACAGCUUCAGCUUAUCUGUCCGUUUUAAUACCCUCUAAAUAUGCCAGUGUAAAUACUCCUGGUAUUUCAGUCGGAUUUGUAUUUGUUUCGUGUUUGUCUGGAAGUUUACCUUUUACAUUGUCGCUUUCCGCGGUGCUGAAAUUUUCUGUGGCAAGUUCGUGUCCCUCUGACUGGAAUUGCAUUACAACAACAGGCAGCGUAAUCAUGAACAGCAACAGCACAUGCAUAGAGUAAUGUCAAAAGAAAUUUGGAUAGAACGGUUUUGCUUACUUUUGUUUUAGAAUGGCGAAAGUGGAGUAGGCUGAAUGUUUUUCUUUUCUUUUUUUUCCUAAUUUGGUUACAACAUUUAUUAUCUCGAUAAGUUUGCUGUUUCUGAAGCAUGCUUCUUUUUGAAGUCUGCAGUGUGAUUGUUUGUCACUUGGUGUCAGUGUAAGGACAAAUAAUGCUUCCACAAGGUUACAAUUAUAUACACAAGAGCCAUCCCCUUCCUUUAAAACAGUCGAAUGGAGGACGUUUCUGUGUGUGAAGGACUAGAGACAAUUUAAUCGCUAAGAAUUUUUAUUCUGAAAAACUGUCAGAUUGUAAUAACGGGUGUGGCGGAACAAUCCUAUUUGAGUGUAUGAGUGUAGCGAUUUGAAAGUUGCUUCAUUUCGCUGUUUCAUCUUUACGCCAUGGAACAAAGGCGAUGCCUAACGUGGAGAACGAGGAGAAUAUGGAUUGUAUACAUUUUGGUUUUGGUUCUGGUCUGGAAGACCGCUUUGGGACAAUUUAGAUAUUCAAUUUCAGAGGAAAAUACAGAAGGAACUGCUGUUGGAAAUAUCGCGAAGGAUUUAGGUCUCGAUAAGGCUACACUGAAAGAGAGGGGGUACCGCAUUGUCUCCGGCUCAGCAGAGCCUCCUUUCCGAGUAAACACAGAUAAUGGGAUCUUGUAUGUGAACCGAAAAAUCGACAGAGAGGAAGUGUGUGACCGAAACAAGAUGUGUGUUAUCGACCUAAAAACAGUGUUAGAAAAUCCACUCGAGGUGCACUACGUGGCAGUGGAGAUUCUGGAUGUAAACGACCACGCACCGAUCUUUCCUGAAAAAGAAAAUACGUUGGAAAUUUCUGAAUCUGCACUACCAGGAGCACGAUUUCAGUUACAAGCAGCCCGUGAUGCUGAUAGUGGUUCGCUGUCUGUCCAGCAGUACAAGCUGAGUCACAAUGAACAUUUCCGUUUAGAAGUGAAAGACCGGGGCGAAGACCGUAAAACACCGAGUUUAGUCCUUCAAAAAUCACUUGAUAGAGAAUCUGUUAAAACUCAUGUGUUGCUUCUGACAGCCUUUGAUGGAGGUAAACCUCCAAGAUCUGGUAACAUGACAAUAAUUGUUAAUGUUUCCGAUGUUAAUGACAACCCUCCUGUUUUCAGUAAGGAGGCAUAUAGUGCGCACCUCAAAGAAAAUUCUCCUUUUGGUACGACUGUGAUUCAAGUUAAUGCAACAGACCUGGAUGAAGGAUUAAAUGGUGAGGUUGUGUAUUCAUUUGGAAAUGACGUGGAAGCACGGGUACGUGAACGUUUUGACUUAAAUCCGGUUACUGGAGAAAUUAUAGUUGCGGGACUCAUAGACUUUGAAGAAAGCGUCAGGUAUGAAAUCGACAUUCAAGCAUCCGACAAAGGACCAGCUACAAUGACAACAGACAAAAUCGUCAUUAUUAAUAUAAUUGACGUAAAUGACAAUGCACCAGAGAUUGAAGUGACAUCUUUUUCUCAUGCACUCCCUGAAAAUUCAAAACCAGGAACCACAGUGGCAUUAAUUAGUGUCAAAGACUCCGAUUCUGAUUUGAAUGGAAAAGUAGUAUGUUAUGUAAGCAAAGAUGCUCCCUUUUUGCUUGCACCUUCUUUACAAAGUAACAUGUAUUCUCUAGUAACGAAACAGGUUUUAGACAGAGAACAACAAUCCCAGUAUAAUGUCCUGAUAGUUGCUAAAGACGCAGGCGAACCUUCAUUAUCAUCGGAGAAAAGUAUAAAUAUUGUUAUUUCAGAUGUGAAUGACAACAGCCCUGAGUUCUUACAGAAUCCAUAUACUUUCUACAUAACUGAGAAUAAUAGCCCAGGGGCGUCGAUCUUCUCAGUGGCAGCCCGAGACAAUGAUGAGGGAAGUAAUGCUCUUAUUUCAUAUCUUAUCUUAAGAGAAAGGGGGGGAGAAAAUACGCUCACCUCUUUUCUAAAUAUUAAUUCUGAAAAUGGAGAAAUUGUGGCACUGAAAAGUUUUGACUUUGAAAUGCUGAAAACUUUCCAGUUCCAAGUUGUUGCCUCAGACUCUGGAACUCCGUUACUAAGCAACAAUGUCACAGUCAACGUCUUCAUCCUGGAUCAGAACGACAACGCUCCAGUCAUCCUGUAUCCACUCAGCUCCAACGGUUCUGCUCAAGGUGUGGAGGAGAUUCCCCGAAACGUCAACGCAGGACACUUGGUGACUAAAGUCAGAGCCUAUGACGCUGAUAUAGGAUAUAACGGCUGGUUGCUCUUUUCACUGCAGGAAGUGACUGACCACAGUCUCUUUGCUUUGGACCGCUAUACAGGACAGAUCAGAACACUUCGCUCAUUCACAGAGACAGACGAGGCUGAGCAUAAACUGAUCAUACUGGUCAAAGACAACGGCAACGUUUCUCUCUCAGCAACAGCUACUGUGAUUGUCAAACUUGUGGAGCCCAAAGAGGCUUUUGCAGCUUCUGAUGUUAAAAGUGCAGCAAAAGAUGUUGAGGGCAGUAAUGUCAUAUUUUACCUCGUGAUAUCUUUGGGCGCAGUUUCUGUACUUUUUCUCGUCAGCAUCAUCGUGCUGAUUGCGAUGCAGUGCUCCAAAUCCACAGACUAUACUUCUAAAUAUCUGCCAGAGACUAAUUAUGAUGGGACACUGUGUCACAGCAUCCAGUACAGAUCAGGAGAGAAGCGGUACAUGCUAGUUGGACCCAGAAUGAGUAUAGGAUCUACUAUAGUUCCGGGCAGCCAUGGAAAUACACUCGUGCUUCCUGAUAGGAGACGGACACCUGAAGAGGUAGGGUUAUUUUAUAUUAGCUAA